AUGGUCGUAGCCACCAUCAAAUGUGUCGUCGUCGGUGACGGUGCCGUCGGCAAGACGUGCUUGCUCAUCAGCUACACCACCAACAAGUUCCCCUCGGAAUACGUCCCGACCGUCUUCGAUAACUAUGCCGUUACCGUCAUGAUUGGCGACGAGCCGUACACCCUGGGCCUCUUCGAUACCGCCGGACAGGAGGAUUACGAUCGUCUCCGACCGCUCUCAUACCCGCAGACUGACGUUUUCCUUGUCUGCUUUUCCGUGACGUCGCCCGCAUCUUUCGAAAACGUAAGGGAAAAGUGGUUCCCGGAAGUCCACCACCACUGCCCCGGCGUCCCCUGCCUUAUUGUCGGCACCCAGGUCGACUUGAGAGACGAUGCCUCGGUCCGCGACAAGCUCGCGAAGCAGAAAAUGCAGCCGGUGAGGAAGGAGGACGGUGAGCGCAUGGCCAAAGAGCUUGGCGCUGUCAAAUACGUCGAGUGUUCGGCGCUCACACAAUACAAGUUGAAGGACGUUUUCGACGAGGCAAUUGUUGCGGCUCUCGAGCCUCCGCAGACAAAGAAGCCGGGCAAGCGCUCGCAUUGCGUCGUACUGUGA